AUGGCAAGUGGUAGUGGUAGUAGAAGUGGCAGUGGUAGUGGUAGUGGUGCGGGUGGUAGCGGUGCUAGCGAUUGGCGCCAAAUUGUUAGGGAUGAGCUGCGUGCCGUUACGUCUAGGGAGAUAAAUCGGGCAUUACAAGCGGCCAUGCAGCAGCAGCAACAGCCGGCGGUACCUCGACCCGUCCAUCGUCGCACUUAUAUACCUCGUGACCACAUCGCAGCACACCAUCGGUUGUACGCGGACUACUUUGCUCCACAGUCGCGGAUGAGAGAGGAUGCGGUUGGUAGACCGGGCCACACGCCCAUUCAGAAGUGCACUUCAGCGAUCAGGCAGCUGGCUUACGGAGGUACGGCCGACAUGUUCGACGAGUACCUCCACAUCGGCGAGACGACUGCCCGCGAAUUCCUUGAGGUGGUAGCUGACUACCGGUUGUGGAUUUGGCAUGCAUAUUUUGAAGUAGUCGGUUCGAACAACGACAUCAAUGUCCUACAAUCGUCUCCCCUUUUCAACGACCAAGAACUCGGUGUUGGUCCGGCUGUCAGUUUCGUCGCCAACGGCAACCAGCACAACAUGGGCUACUAUUUGGCGGAUGGGAUCUAUCCUAUGUGGCCCGUCUUCGUGAAAACGAUCAGAUGCGCAACAGAAGAUAAGAAGAAAUUCUUUGCGGGUCGUCAGGAAGUAGCGCGCAAGGAUGUGGAGCGGGCAUUUGGUGUGCUCCAAAGUCGAUGGGCGAUAUUGAGGGGUCCAUCAUGGUUGUGGGAUAUGGAGACCAUCGCUGAUGUCAUGUACGCGUGUAUUAUCAUGCACAACAUGAUUGUCGAAGAUGAAGGUCCAGCAUUGACUGAGUGGGCCGAUGAUGAUGGUGUCGGUCCAAGCCACGGUGUGGCCACCUCCAGUGCAUGUUUGGGGGUACCCCAGGAAGGGCUCGACCGGGUCCGUGCGUUUGCCGACAUGCGCCAACGACAAGCUCGUAUUCGACUCCAGAACGAUAUAAUUGAAGAGCUAUGGUUGCUUCGGGGUGGUCGUUGA